AUGAGCGGUUCUGAAGUUCUGACGCACCCGAGCAUCCGUGACGGCUGGUUCCACGAGAUCAGCCCCCAGUGGCCUGGCCAGGCGAUGAGCCUGCAGGUUCGCCGCAUCCUGCACGCUGAGCAGAGCAAGUACCAGGACGUGCUCGUGUUCGAGUCCGAGACCUACGGCAAUGUGCUCGUGCUCGACGGCGCGAUCCAGUGCACGGAGCGCGACGAGUUUUCGUACCAGGAGAUGAUUGCGCACCUUCCGAUCAACUCGCACCCCGACCCCAAGCGUGUGCUGAUCAUUGGCGGUGGUGACGGUGGUGUGCUCCGCGAGGUCGUCAAGCACGACAGCGUGCAGGAGGCCAUCCUCUGUGACAUUGACGAGGCGGUGCCCCGUGUCUCGACCAAGUACCUCCCCAAGAUGGCCGAGGGCCUUACGCACCCCAAGUCGACCGUGAUCAUCGGCGACGGCUUUGCCUUCCUCAAGGACCCCAAGAACCAGGGCGCGUUUGACGUGAUCAUCACCGACUCGUCGGACCCCGACGGCCCGGCCGAGGUGCUCUUCCAGCAGCCCUACUUUGAGCUGCUCAAGGGCGCGCUCAAGCCCGGCGGACACAUCUCGACCCAGGCCGAGAGCAUGUGGGUCCACCUCGAGCUCAUCGGCAAGCUCUCCAAGUCGACCAAGCAGCUCUUCCCGGUUGCCGACUACGCCUUCACCACGAUUCCCACCUACCCCUGUGGCCAGAUCGGCUUUGUGGUCUGCUCGCUCGACGCGAACCGCAACGUGCGUGAGCCGCUGCGCACCGUGCCCAACUGCAGCUACUACAACAACCAGGUGCACCGUGCGGCGUUUGUGCUGCCCGAGUUUACGCGCCGCGUGAUUGAGGACGGCGCCGCGGCGCCUGGCCCGGUGGUUGCCACCGGCGACGGCUCCACUCAGGCCAAGCGCGACCCCAAGAAGGUGCUCCUGCUCGGCUCGGGCUACGUCGCGCGCCCUGCGCUCGAGUACCUGCUCCGUGUCCCCGAGUACAGCGUGACGGUGGGCUCGCAGCGCAACGCCGCCUCGCUCUUCCCCGAGCACCCCCGCGUGCAGACUAUCUCGGUGAACGUCAACGACAAGGCUGCGCUCGGCGAGGCGAUCAAGGGCCACGACCUGGUGAUCUCGCUCAUCCCCUACAUCUACCACGCGGAUGUGAUCAAGGCCGCGUGCGAGCACAAGGUCGACGUGCUCACCACCUCGUACAUCUCGGACGCCAUCCGCCAGCUUGAGUCCGAGAUCAAGGCCGCGGGCAUCACCGUCUUUAACGAGAUCGGUCUCGACCCCGGUCUGGACCACCUGUACGCGGUCAAGGCGAUCAAGGAGAUCCACGACGCCGGCGGCAAGGUCAAGUCCUUCCUGUCCUACUGCGGUGGUCUCCCCGCGCCCGAGGCGGCGACCAACCCCCUGGGCUACAAGUUCUCGUGGUCGUCCCGCGGUGUGCUCCUUGCGCUGCGCAACACGGCCAAGUUCUACCAGGCCCCCUCGCAGGAGGCGCAGGUGGUCAGCGGCCUGGAGCUCAUGAAGAGCGCCAAGCCCUACUACAUCAUGCCUGCCUUUGCGUUUGUCGCCUACCCCAACCGCGACUCGACGCCCUUCCGCGAGUUUUACAACAUCCCCGAGGCCGAGACGCUGAUCCGCGGCACGCUGCGCUACCAGGGCUUCCCCGAGUUUGUCCUGGCGCUCGUCCGCCUUGGCUUCCUGGACGAGGAGGCGAAGGACUGGCUCGUCGACGGUCUCACCUGGGCGCAGCUCACUGCCAAGCUCGUCGGCGCCUCGGCCACCGACGAGAAGACGCUCGUGGACGGCGUGCGUGCCACGUGCACCUUUGACGACGCGGAGCACGAGCUGCGUGUCCUGCAAGGCUUCCGCUGGCUCGGUCUCUUUGACAACAGCACCAAGGCGACCGUGCACGGCACCCCCGCGCAGCUCAAGGAGAACAAGGGCGGCAACCUGCUCGACACGCUCUGCAAGAACCUCGAGCAGAAGUGUGCCUACGAGCCCGGUGAGCGCGACAUGGUCAUGCUCCAGCACCGCUUUGGUAUCGAGACCAAGGACGGCGAGGAGAAGACGCUCACCUCGACGCUCCUCGACUACGGUGUGCCGAACGGCACGACCUCGAUGGCGAAGCUGGUCGGUAUGCCGUGCGGUGUGGCCGCGCGCCUCCUGCUCGAGGGCAACCCUGCGCUGAAGCAGGCUGGCAUUCUCGCCCCCUACACCUUUGAGAUCGCGGAGCCCAUCCGCCAGGGUCUGCUCGCCGAAGGCAUUGCCCUCGAGGAGCGCUAUGUGUAA